AUCAAAUAUUUUUCAUACCGGAUGAAAGGAAAAAUCGCGUUUGUUGGUCGAGAACGAGGCGAGCAGAAGUCUGGGCGAAGACGAGCUAGUUAGUUGACUGUCUGCUUGGGAGAUGGAGGAGCAGGAGAGAGCUAAGGAAGAGGAUGCUCUGGACUCAAAGCCUCCACUGACCACUGAAGAGGAUGAGCCCAAACACACAGACCUCCACUGGUCUCAUAUCACUGAAACACAACAGGAGCCCAGUGAACCUGAAGAGAAUGAGACGAAGCCACAGUCCUCAGAGCUCCUUGUUAUCAACAGCCUAGCUCCUCUAGACAGCUGGGCACCAGUCCACACUGAAAUCAAACCUGAGGAACUGACAAAGACAGAAAUGCUGAUACUGUCACAGACAGAGAAUCAGGCAGCGAUACAGACACAGACAUUAUCACAGACAGAUGAGUUUAUCAUACUUGAUCAGAAUGGACAGCCCCUACAAUGUGAACGCAUGGUGCUAGUGACCAGUCAGUCAGACAAUGGAGAGAUGUAUGUUAUCCCAUCUAAUCAGCUAGGAGGGGCUCAGGUGUUACUUCCUAGAGGACACCUACUUGACAUCAUAGACCCUACAGGAUCCUGCGGGGAGGAAGAGCUUCACUCCAUCACGUUAACGGCUGUUACGGAUGACAGUGGCGGUUUGACUACAGUCACAUCGGCUGUUACGGAUGACAGCGGCGGUUUGACUACAGUCACAUCGGCUGUUACGGAUGACAGCGGCGGUUUGACUACAGUAUUAUCGGCUGUUACGGACUCUCAGGACUGUUUCACCUCUCUUCUGAAACCUCUCCCAUCCAACGCCCCUAACUGGGCCCUGAGGCUUCACAAUGCUGAGAGCUAUAGUGAUGGAAUCAUCUGCUUUCUCCAUCUGUAUCCAGGCAGUAUAGUCAUCUACUUUCUCCAUCUGUAUCCAGGCAGUAUAGUCAUCUGCUUUCUCCAUCUGUAUCCAGGCAGUAGAGCUAUAGUGAUGGAAUGUCAGUAUGGACCAAGAAGGAAAGGCCUCCAACCCAAGAAGACUGCAGAGCAGAACAUCAGUCAGAGCAUUGAUUACAAAGCGACAUGCCCUGCCAGGAUCUAUAUCAAGAAGGUGUGUAAGUUUCCCCAACACCGGGUGCCUACGGACCCUAACGUAGACAAGAGGGUUGUUCGUCAGGAACAGGAGAAAGCCUUCUUCAACCUCCGGAAGACCCUGUGGGACGUGGGCGGAGUCCUGAGGUACUACAUGCAGCUCCCCACCCAGAAAGCUCACCUCUAUCAUGACAUGGAGGCUCUCCUCCCGCCUCCUCCUCCAGACCUCCUUUUCCUCCCCAUGGAGGAGGAGGUGAAGCAGGAGGAGGAGGAGGAGGAGAGGGGAUGUGUCUGUGAUGGAGAUGCAGAGGAUGGUGGAACCAUACCAUCUCGCCUCCACCCCAGGGUGGCAGAGAAGAUCAGGGAGUUGGUGGAGCAGGGAUAUCAUCAGGUGUAUCAGGUCCGCAAACAGCUCAGCACCACUGAUAUAACACAGUGGACUGAAGUGGACCCAAUGACUGAGACUGUGACUCUGACCCUCACGCCAGCCCCUGCCGAAGGUGCCUUCCAGAGAGUAGGAGUGUUGGAGGGGACGGACACGUUGUCUCCUGAGGCCGUACAGCUCUUCAGCUCUCUCACCUCCCUGCAACCCAAGAUCUUUGCCCAGCUACAGGGUAUCCAGGUCCAACCAGACCUGUGUUCUUUUGACGGAGGUCUGUCUCAGUCAUCUACAGUCACUACAGACUUCCUGGAUCUGCCGAGCCCCUCACCCCCACAGCCCCUCCUGGUCAGCCCCACACAGUUCCUCCAGUCCAGCCCCUCUCUGGGGGAAGCUAUGACCCUAGCUGACACCUCAGUGGUUCUGAGCGUGGGUCAGGUGGUCAUGUUGUCAUCGUUAGGGGACGGCCAGGUGGUCAGCGUGUCAUCUCUAGGGGACGAGAGCGUGGGGACACACCAUAUACUGUUGGAGGACGGACAAACCAUCCCUUUCCAGAUAGUGGCUCCUGCUAAUAUUGCUCUGAACAGUCCAGAUGAGGUCAAGGAGGAGGACACUGUCAACCCUGUAGAUUGACACCAGGCCCUGCAGCGGGUGUACCGUACUCCAGGGUUGUACUCCAGCCAUCACAGGAGUGUAUCUCAUUCCUCACAGGGGAUGUACUUCAGCCCUCACAGGGGUGUACUUCAGCCCUCACAGGGGUGUACUUCAGCCCUCACAGGGGUGUACUUCAGCCCUCACAGGGGUGUACUCCAGCCCUCACAGGGGUGUACUUCAGCCCUCACAGGGGUGUAUCCCAUCUUUACCAUAUACUUAUUGUAAGAGCUGUUGGUUUUACCUCAGGACGGUCAUGUUUAUUGUACAAUUCACUGAAAGUGCAAUUUAUCCAGUGUUUUCUCCUUGUUGUGCGUUUUGAUAUCAUCAUGAGGAACUUGUUUGCUAUCGCUUUAAAAUCAUGGAAUCCAACGAAUAUUGUAUAAUUACAGAUUUAAAAAAAUAAAAAAUGACAACUACGAGAACCCUGGAUGUAGUAACAAGAUAUCGUGUAUAUAUUAGUGCAUAGGAAAUGUAUUUUUAAUAGUAUUUCUAAACCUGUUGCAUCGUCUUCUGAGAUGAUCAUGUACAUCAAUAAAGGUUUAUUUUAUUUGUUUAAAUUAA